GUUGGUCUCGAGGCCUGUUUAUUUGCUUCGACGACUAGACGAUACCACCGUCCCCGACCGCCUUCACCUCCCGUCCGCUCACCCCUUUAUCAGCCAGGCUUCCUAAUCAACCGGCUUAUUGUCCUCUUCGAUUCGUAGCCAGGUUCCUUAUGAUCAUCUGCAAAUCGACCUAGAUGGCCGGCUAGGCUUCUCCUAGUAUCUGUCUUUCUUCUUGUUCCUGUCUCGGGACCCUUGUUCAAUUUUUCAACUAUUCGAUUCUCUGCGACUGGAAUCGCAACAUUAUUGCAACAAUGUCGAGUCCAAACCGGAAUGCAAACCUCCCAGAUGGUGCCUUUAUAACGACUUUCAAUGGCAAAAGGUGUACGGCUAGGCCAAGAGGGGGGAACAAGACGAGAUCCAACAAUCAACAACGACAAUCGGCAAGCACUUCGCACUCAACUUCGACGUCCCACUCGACGACACGCUCAACUCCUCCGCCUCAAACGAGCUCGCCGCCUCUGCCGGUUGCUACUCCAUCUCCUCCGCCGCCGCCGCCGCCGCCUCCACCACCAACAACAACACAACCACCACUGCCACCGGCCGUUUUGACUACCAGUACGACGAGCUCCUCAUUACUUCCCCCUCCUCCCCCUCCACCUCCGGUCACAGCUCCCUCGUCAAUAGCCCCGCCCCUGCAGCAGACACAAGCGCCGCCUGCUCCGGUGGUGUCAAGUCCCCCUCCACCUCCACCAGUAUCGACGUUUUCUACGCCGCCAAUCGUCGAUGCGGAGCCUUCGGCCACUAUUCCUACUUUCAACGACAUCCCCAAUAUUCCCGUGCAGACUGCACCACCCACCCCCGCCCAAAUACUCCCUCCUGCAUCAUCGUCUUCUUCAAUACCCAUACCCGUUGUAUUGCCACCCGUUCCAGGAACCAGCCAGACUGAUGCCAGGACAGCCCCAACACCGCCGGUGUUUCUGAGCAACGUUGGCCCGUCCCCCUCGCCCAAGAGCAGCGCGGGAGCAGGAGCAGGAGGAGGUGCAGGAGUGGGUGCCAUUGUGCCUUCGCCUCCCCUGAAUCCUGGCACAGCUGCUGGCGAGGCUGGGAAUGAUUCACCUGCAUCCAACGGGACUCCAUCUGGGAAUAGCAGAUCCGGUGGAGUUGCCAAACCGGUUGUUAUCGCGUCGAGUGUAGUUGGUGCCGUGGCUGUACUGGGCCUAUUUGGCUUCCUUCUCUGGCUCUGGCGUAAACGACUGCUCAAGAAACGCCGGAGCACCCUUCUCACGCCUCUGUCGACGGAUCCUAGAUUCAGGCAUACGGAGAAUACAUCAUAUGUCAUCGACAGGGGAUCUCUGGGCCCGACGCCACGCUCCGCCAAGCUCAAGGCGGCGCUCGGAUACAACUUCCAGCGAUUCAGGGUCCAACUUGGAGGGUUGGUUUCGCGCAACCGGGAUAGCAGCUCGGCCAGGGACCGUUCGCAGUUCAUGAACGUUUCUCAGCAUAGCCGUAACAGCUCGUCCUGGUCGAACCACACGGGGCCUCGGGAUGUGGUCACAUCGAAAGAUCGCAUCAAGGAUUGGUGGGAACGGCUGACGGCGGACAUGAAAUUCAACUGGCGGUUGCGUGGUGACAGGAUCGUGGAAAAGGACCCAUUCGCCCCGACACGCGACAUGCAAGACCGGAAUGCAGCCAUGGGCGGACAGCCCGACUUCUUGACGCUUCUGGGUAUGGACGACACGGAAGUCCAAAGGGAGGCUCAGCGGAGGCGGCUCAGUCGCGGCCAGGGCAGCGCCGGCUCAGCAGAACAUUUUCUCGGAGGCCUUGGACUCAACUUUGAGAAUGCUGCGGCAAACCCUUUUUCGGAUGUCAACGCCUUGCCUCACGAUUCAGCAAAGCCAGCGCCGCUCGCCGUGGCCAACACAGGCAACGACCCCUUCUCUGACGCCAACGCCAUUUCAGCACCUGCCGCAGCAGUCAAGCCGCCGUCAACGUACGUUGCAGACGUGCGCCGGUCUCGAGGAACAUCCUUCGGUGGCGGCACGACAAGGCCGCCCAGUGGCUCGACGUACUCACCUCGACUGGAAUCCAUGUAUCGGGACUCAAUGCAAAGUGUGGAGAGCUUCGCCACGAGGCGGAACAAGUUCCGGUCUGACCCGUUCGAUCUGGAGCGGCCCGAACUACUAGGGAGCCGCACGACGCAGGCAAGCAGCAACUACUACCAAGGUGGCGGUAGUGGUGGUGCGCCUCGCGUGCCGGGCUCUGCCCAUACACGAGCCGACAGCUUCAGUUCGAAGUACAGCAGCGGAGUGAGCAUGGAUGGGUGGAGUGACCCGGGUCCAGACGUUGGGCCUUCAUCAAGCGGUCCGAGUUAUCGUCACGAGGCCGAGAGUCCCGUCGCGGGAUACCGCCCUGGAGAGCAGAAGGCUGGGUGGAGACCCAGCGGAGGAAGCCAGAACAGCGUCGGCAAGGCGCUGUAAGCACAUUUCCGAAUUUGUAUUACCACACAUAUUUUCACUGCCUGUA